AUGAGUCCCUCAUCUUCCGUCUGUUUGACCAGCCCGUACGGAGGUGGCGGCGGUAGUAACUGCGGUAGCUACACGAGCGACUCGUCUCCAACAACCACGGAAUUUUCGGAAUUUUUUAACGCACCUGCCACCUAUAUGGAAAAAGAUUUCUCUCUGCUAACUCUCUCUGAUGAUGAACAGAAGAAACUGUACGAGGCUGCUAAGAUAGUCCAGGAUUGUUACAGAAAGUAUAAAGGUUUGUCAACACACCAAUUGAAACAAAGGCAGGAGGAAAUCAAUGCCGCCAUACUGAUACAAAACUGUUUCCGUAGGUAUAAACAGUUUAUGUUCCACAAACGUAUGACUCAAGCCGCGGUGCUGAUACAGAGUCAGUUCAGAAGCUACUACGCCCAGAAGAAAUUUAAACGAAGUCGCGAGGCAGCUACGAUAAUCCAGAGCAAGUAUCGGGCCUACAAACAACAUGAGCGAUACAUGAAGAGUAAACAUGCCGUCGUCAUCAUUCAGCAGAGAUUUCGGUUCGUUCGUUUGGUUCGUUCGUUUGGUUCGUUCGUUUGGUUUGUUCGUUCGUUUGGUUCGUUCGUUCUUUUGGUUUGUGUGAUGGUUGAUUUGUUGAUUGAAUGGGGUCGUUGGUGA